AGUUCUUGCGAGUGAAACAAUUAAAAAAAAUAACCCAGGGCGACCCAACGCCAGACAGUAUUAUCGACUUCUCAAAUGGUGCACGGGUCGGUGCUCGAUUGGGGCUGAAAAUUGUUGUCCCACACCGGCGGUGCGUUUAAAAGGGCGUGUUUAAAACCAGUGUUUUCACCCAACUGCGGCCAUAGGCAAAACCGUCCGUUGGGGUGAAUUCUCAGUACGCAGUGAAGAUGCCUAGUGGAGACGGGUCAUUCAAUCGAUAAAUAUUCACGUGAUUGCAGUGAAAUUUGUGUGCGCUCGUGUGCGCGCUUUGCAAGCAUAAUCUAAACCCACCCAGCAUAGGGCCCGUAUCGAUGGGCGUUUUGUUUUUGUCACAAACUCGCGACAUCGCUGGCUGAAACGGGAGAGAAAAAAAACGGUUGUCCAAAAGGAUCGCUCCGGGAGUUGGCAAAAUAUAUGCCGGCAGGUGCAAAACUCCGGGCGGCCACGCUAGCGCUCCCCAGUCAACGGCGCUAUGGAUGAAUGCCAGCAUGAGCUCGAUUUCGAGGAGAUAGAAAAACUGUGCAGAAUCACACCAGAGGACGGACUGUCGGCAGAAGAGGGAGGAGAAGAAGAAGAAGAAGAGGAGGAAGAGGGCGGUGAGGAAGUGGAUACCGGUGGUGAAGAGGGAGGCCGGGAAGCAAGGUUCCGAGAUAUGGGCCAGUCGGAGAGUAAGAAAGCGUCGAAGAAAGCCGCCACCGCCGACGGGCUUCACACCAAGGGUACGGCCAUGUCGUUCGGCUUCAAGAAGCACAAGGUACACCAAACCAGCAGCAGCACGGUGGCACCCGGAAACGGCAAAUUGCUACCGGGCGGAGCAAAUGCCGGCGAAAAUACUGGUGCUGUCGGUACGGCGACCGACCCAGCACCGGGAGCGGUGGCCAACCAGAUCAAGAAGUUCAACGGUAACCUGCUGGCCAACGCGACACUGGAAAGGGAGAAAGCGGAAAGAGAGCUGGUACAUGCGACCGUCAUCUCGAACCCGGGAGUUGACGCCGGGUUUAGCGACAAGAACGGGAACACCGGCUCAAUAGAAUCAGUUGAAGAUGAAGGUGGAACUGGUGCAGGACGUAACGGCAAUACCGGCCGUACGACGCCACGAUUGCAGCCCCCGAGAAAGGACAGCCACGGGGCACCGUACCGUAGCAAUCGGUUCGGAUUCCGCUCGAACAACAUUGUCCGACCGGCGUCCGUCGGUCUGCAGCCACGGGUGGCCAACGAUUUGGACAAACAAUCCGCCAACAUCAACAACAACAAUAACAUCCACACGAACAACAACAACAAUAACAACGUGUACGUCGUUGGCGACAAACGCCGGUCGAAGAGCGCCUCAUCGGCGGCAUCCGCACGCACAACAUUCACGCCACUCCCGACGGUGGGCGGCACCGGAACUAGCUAUGCACCGGCUGGUCACUCGAUGGCACUGCACCAGCACGCGUACGGUGGUGGUGCAGCUGCGGUGCAUCGCCCAUUGCCGAAAUACCAGGCGCCGAGUACGAAAAUAACCCACAACGCACCGGACUCCAACGCGAGCGGUGGCGGCACUUAUCAACAGCAGAUGACGAAAGGCAACCAGGGGGAGCAUAAAAAUACUCAGCAUUCCGCCAGCACCGGCGGCGUUUCGGGAUUCGGGUUGGCACAACGGCAAGCAACCCAGCAGCAUCAGUAUACGCACGGGACUGAAGCCGGACAGAACGCACCCGCCAGUGGGGGACUCUAUGCGAAACCACCACCGGGCGGAAAUGUCGCGGCAGCAACGGCCAAAGUAGGUCAGGAGGCGGGAACCGCCAGCAAGUUUACACUGCACACGUCCAGCCUCCCGAAGCCACAGUAUCCGGUAUCGAUCUCACUGACGGGUACAACCUCCGGACCGACCGCCAGCUCGCGCUACACCAUGGACACGAAAGGUGCCAAGCAUGCGGUCAACGUGAGCCGUAAAGAGUUUGCCAACACGAACGUUUCGGGAGCACCGGCCCUUGAGGAUACGACAACGACGACGACCAGCAGCGUGCGCAUGCCGCGGCAGCGUUAUCGCAAUCUCGAGAUGGUCAUGAGCGGACGGCACAAGUUCGAGGUGCGCGAUCUGGAAGCACUAACGACGGAACCGAUCGUUCCGCUGCCGCUACCGGAGCUACCGAGUGCGUUCUGCAGCACGAAGAACCAGCGGACGGCACCGUUGAGUGGACUGAUCCGGUCGAGCGAGCUUACUUCCAGCGCGAACAGCUCUUCCGUGCACGAUGACAUCGAUAUCAAUGACAAUCGGUACGAGAUCGCGGAGCCCGGUGUGGAUGAGGAAGAGGAAAAUGCAGCCGCUGAAGGCGUACCCAAUGGUGACACCCGGGGCGCUGCCGAUGGCGACAGUUUGGAGGAGGAAAAGCUGCUGCGCGAUAACAAUUCGUCGGAGAAGAGCUUAAAAGGGGCCCUGAUAAAGGAGAUGGUAGAGAGCGUCACGGAAAGCAAAACCUCAUCGUCGAGCUGCUCGCGAGCGUCAUGGUUCACUGCGGGCGAGGCACUUGCCGCGAAGGAUUUCGGAUGUCUCAGCUUGACCAGCAGCACUGACAGCAGUCGUGUCUCAAGAUCCAUGGAUGCUCCCCGGCAGCAAUCGCCAACUCCUCCAGUAGAACCGGAUGAGGAAGACAUGAGCUCGGUCACAAUAACCGCGGGCAAUCCGUCUACGUUUUCUUCCAUUUCCGCACCGGUACCGAUGGACGUGUCGACCAAUCUGGACAGUGUUUCGGAGGUUCAGAUAAGCUUCACCGAUCCGGGAACCGAUCCGCUGGCGAGCAGUGAAGCCGACGUACCCAAUCGCAUUUACCGCAAUGAGCAAACCAAAUUCGCCGAAAUGGCCGCGGCUAUCAGUGACGUGCUGCUGCUGGACGAUGAAACGUCCCCGACCGACAGUCUGGUUAGCAGUUGCACGGAAAAUUCGGACGACGCGAAGAAACCUUCUCGACACAGCAAGAAGACGGUAGAAAACACGAAGGAAAAGGAGAAGGACAUUGACGAAAUUUCACCGGAGCUGGAUGAACUGACCAGUCCCGUGUCGCCCGGUUCUCCCACACACGCUUCCAACUCGCUGUCACUGUCGGACGGAGGGCGCGAUUUUUUGAUUGACGAUGAGAUUGCCGAUCAGCCAGGGCUGGUGUUCGAUGAGGGCAGCACGCUGGAUCUCGGUUCGCUUAAUCUGAACCUGUUGUCGCAACAGACCGACACCCCAACGCUGAAGGAUUCCCUCAAACGGCACACUAACGGUGGCGGUGCAUCGCAGCCAGCCAAGACGAAGGCACCGGUACCAAAACCACGCAAGGUAAUGGCCGAUACAUACGAGUCACCCGCACUUUCGCGCAAGUCCAACCGCAGUGACAAUCGCAUGGCAAGGGCGGAAUCCUUGGAUACGCUGUCACCGUGCGAUUCCAUCGCAUCUGACGACUUUAUGCUGGACUUUGAUUGCAACAGUAGCAUGGAUUCCAUCGAUCGAGUGGCACGUUCCAGCGUAGGAGGCAGCGCAACCGGCUUGCACUCAAUGGACGAGCUGCAACUGUGGUCCGAGCUGGAGAAUAAAGGCGGCCACAUUAUACGCGAAUGGAGUACGCUGUUGCGAAGCAACCCGCACAGCAUGACGAACAGCAUUAACAGAUCCCAACUUCCGGCGAGGGCACGCUUGCUCACCAGGCGGUUGCAAAACAACGCGACGCCAACCAACAAUGGCUCGGAAAGUCCGCGCUCCAUCGACAGCCUGCCAAGGAGGACGUUCUCGGGGGCGUACAAAACGGCCACCCUCAGCCAGUUCCACAACCUGGCCAACAACAACAACAACAACUGCACGGACUCGGCCUCGACGGCUACCAACUCCGCGGAAGAUCUCACCCUGCUCGAUAAGUCGCUGCGCAACUCCAUGCUCCAGGAUGUGGUGCACUUCAAGAAGCAGCUGGUGCGGCUCCGUCGGAUACUGCAAGAGGAUGAAGAAAAUUUGAUGAUGACCGACACUCUCAACCCAUUUGAAAAUAACAAUGGGCAAUUCUUCACGACGGCAGGCGCAACGGCCACCAACGGUAGCAUCGGCCCAGCGACGAUGGCAACGGCGGCUCCAGCAGGAGGGCCCACGAACCAGGAAUCGGACGCGGACAACGGCAGCAAGGCGCUGCUUCUGCAGCAGCACCAGCAGGAGAACGUGCUCGUCCGCGAGUCCAGCGUGGCGGCCCUUGCCCUGCUCGAGGACCAGCGGCAGGAGCUGGCGGAUCUCAGAAGACAGGUGGUUUACCUUCAGGGCGAGCUAACGGCGAAGGAUCGCACGAUCCGGCAGCAGCAGAACGUGAUCGACAAGUACGAGGCGGAUCGGGAGAAGCAACUCAACAGCCUAUCAUCCGAGAGCAGCGGAGUCGCCGGAACGGCAACAGCUUCCGACCUUUCGCUGGGCGCCGGUGACAGGACUCAGUCGCAAACGGACACCAUCAGCACGGCGACACAAACCGAGCGACUGAGGCCCGUCUCCUUCGGUGGACAGGAAGGAUUAGGAAGUCGCAGUGAGCCACCAGUGACGCCUAGAAAUGGACUGCGCACACCAUCUGCAGCCGGCAUUCCCAGUACAAUCCCGCAGCAACAGCAGCAUUCGAUCAGCAACGGACAUCCGGUCAGCUCUCGGACCACCCCUAGCAAAACGCAGAUCUCCUCCGUGUACACGCAGCUUUCUUCCGUUCGGCACAGUAUCGCCGGAAGCAGUGCUCCGACCACCCCCACGAGUUCUGGUGGCCCAGUUGCCCUCCGCAGGACAUCACUUGGUUCGAGCCACAAUCUCAGCUCGUUUGGGUUGACCACCACGGCCAGUUCCCCUAACAACAACAAGCCCGUUCGAACCACGCACAUCGGUACGUUGGCCUCUCCCGGUCGGCAACCCACGAACGGUGAGCGGAUACCGGUGGUAAAUGGGACCGGCAAGCAGCACCACACACCACCCACCAGAAGCGCUGUCCCGAGCCGGACGAUUCAGAACGGUUCUCCCUCGAAGCUGAACGGAUUGAACGGAACAACCGGCAAGCGACCGGUGACGGCCAGUGUUAUCAGGCCACCAUCAUCGUUUGGCAGCAGCAAUAACAUCAACUUCCAUGGUGGUGAUGCGACGAUGCUGAAAAGUAAAUCCGCCCCAGCCACACCACUGGUGGCCCCAAACGGGAAACUACUCACAGCACCGGCUACCGGUGGUGAAACCCCAGAAAGCACCGGAGAACGAAGGAAUGGUGGACAUGAGAGCAGCGACCGGGAGACAUCCGAGUCCGAAUCGGACAAGGAUACGGUGGUGAACGGUGGCACGAUACGAGGCGUGAUACUAAACGGCACAACCACGAACGGAUGCAGCGAUGGCACACAUCUUACCAGCACGGCUACCACCGCAAACGGCAUCGUAGGGCACUAGGCCGUGGGUGUGUG